GUCUUGAGUGUGAAGUGUUUUUAAAAAAAGCGGGGCUCGGACAUGCACGCAGUCUGCUCGGUCUUCACAUACCGUGAGGAAGAAGCAGCAGCGGCGGAGGCUGUGUCACAGUGACCGGAGGAAGAGGCUUGUUGUCCGGAGCUGUGUGCACUUCAUGCAGCCUCUUUUGUCUUGAGCUGUCCGCCCGUGAACACACACACACACACACACACACACCAACUUUCACCUUCUUAUUCAUGUGCGCUGCGUGUUUUCUGAAGCGUGGACGGAUGCGUGAGUCUGGCCCGUGUUUGCAGGCUGCGAGCUUUUUUUUUUUUUUGCUUUAGCGGGCAAAACAUGUCUGAGAAGAGAUAUGUGCGUGUUUGCUUCUUGCGGGAACGCUUCAGGGACGAUCGGCGGUCAUUUAAACGGAGCUGUGGCGUCAGGCUGCGGCGUGCCCUGUAAGAUGUCCUGGGAGGAGCUGGAAGCCCUGUGCCGCACGGAGAGGCUCCAGUGUAAGCAGCUCGGGGUGAGCAGAGCCAACAUCAACGACUAUGAAGUGGAGUUUCUCUGUGACUACAAGAAGAGCAAGGAGGAGGAGUUCUAUCUGGUGAAGUGGAGGGGUUUCCCAGAUUCAGAAAACACGUGGGAACCCAAGAAAAACCUCAAAUGUCGCAUACUGAUGAAGCAGUUCCACCUGGACCUGGAGAAGGAGCUGAUGCGCCACAAGAGACGAUGCACUCCUAAAAGGCUGGAUAAGGAAGUUGUCUCUUUCUUGACCCAGAAAGCCAAACACCGUCAGAGUCUGCAGCGGUGGGAGGCUCAUUUGAACCGGACUCGCAACCACCCGGGUCGCAUUUUUGUCAUGAAUGAAGUGGACUUUGAGGGCCCUCCAAAAAACUUUACCUACAUCAACAACUACAAAGUAGGCCAGGGCAUCGUGUUAGAUGAGAUGGCUGUGGGUUGUGAGUGUAAGAACUGUUUAGAAGAGCCGGUAAAUGGCUGCUGCCCUGGGGCCUCACUGCACCGCAUGGCCUACAAUGACAAGGGUCAGGUGCGGGUCCGACCGGGUCAGCCCAUAUACGAGUGUAACACCCAGUGCAGCUGUGGCCCCGAUUGUCCUAACAGAGUGGUGCAGAAGGGCAUCCAGUUUGACCUGUGCAUCUUUAAGACAGAGAAUGGACGGGGGUGGGGUGUCCGCACCCUGCAGCACAUCAAGAAGAACACAUUCGUCAUGGAGUACGUGGGAGAGAUCAUCACAACAGAUGAAGCAGAGAGGAGGGGUCAAGUGUAUGACCGCCAAGGAUCCACAUACCUCUUUGACCUGGACUAUGUGGAGGACGUGUAUACAGUGGAUGCAGCUCACCAAGGCAACAUCUCCCACUUUGUCAACCACAGUUGUGAUCCCAACCUGCAGGUAUUUAAUGUGUUCAUCGACAACAUUGACGAGAGGCUUCCAAGAAUUGCUUUAUUUUCAACACGGUCGAUUCGGGCUGGAGAGGAACUCACCUUUGACUACAAGAUGCAAAUUGAUCCAAUGGACACAGAAAGCACCAAAAUGGACUCGAGUUUCAGUCUAGCGGGGCUCCCCAGCUCUCCAAAGAAGAGGAUUCGAGUGGAGUGUCGGUGUGGAACAGACCCGUGUCGAAAAUAUCUGUUCUGAUGAGGGGCUGCGGGAACACAACACCUUUUUAUCUGUGUAAAGAUGUAGAAAUUUCUACAGAUUUGUGUAUAAAUUUGUCUUCUUUCUUAUUUUUACAUGAAAUCAAUUUUUUUAUGAGAACAUGACAACUCUCCAAAUCAGAUGAACUUGAACAGAAAGUAGUUUCUUGAUUUUAAAUGAAUUUAAGACUACAGCCAUGGAUUAUUUGAAUACUUAUUACAAGACAUACAAAAGCAGUACAUGAAUGAACAGCCAUUUCCUUUUUGAGGUUUCCCCGUGCUCUAACAUGUAUUACACAUGACACAGGUAUUUUCCCUGUGUCGUCAUUAUGAAAUGAUAAUGGCCCAUCGCCUUGAACAGUGACAACAUUGUACUCAAGUUAAUAUCUUGUUUUUAGUGUUCCCACAUCUCAACUGUUAACUUUGUGAAUGCCACUGAUACAAAUGAUGUACAGCCAUCCAAAAAAUGGACCCAAUUUUUAGGAAACUAGAAUCGAAUUAAAAUAAGUGCAUUAUUUUAACAGUCCACUUCAGACACCAACAUCGUUGGAGCACCAUGUGUUGAUGUCUUGAAACUCUGUACUGUUCAGAGUUUCACAGAAUUUACAGUGUAGUUAUAAAACUCCUAAAAGUUGGCUUUCCAUUGUAUUUUGUUACUUCUGACAUGGUCCAACAGUUGUCAUGAAAGGCUCUGGGCAAAUAGUUGCAACAUUUUUUUUAAAAGUAUGGUGUGUGUAAGGCAACCGGAGCCGAACAAAUUUUGGCUUUGGUUGUUGGGCUGCUGUUCGUGGGCACAAUUUUAUCUUUUUAUCAUGUACAGUUUGUGUCAUCAAUGUUGUCAUUUCUACCUUUGGCAGAGACUCUCUGUGAUGUUUCCUGGACUUAACUGUCCAAGGUCAAAUGUGACUUUCUUCUGAUUUCUAUACUGAGAUUUAUUUUUUCAUUGAAUGUAUAGCUUAGUUCUUUUUGUCUCUUUAACUUUCAGUCUUGCCACUUGUGCUUCAUCGUCAUGCUCAGUUGGUUGGACAGUGGUCAAGGUCUCAGCAUGCUUCAUAAAAGCAUGAACACGUUGAUUGAACACGUUUCCAGUUACAAAGGCCAAGUUUUUUAGCUGUUCUCACAGUCUGAAAGUGAAAAGCCUGGUGUCAUUCUGACUAAAUUAGCUCCGUUUUCUCCAUUUGAACAAUUUGUCUCAGCAUGAUUACACCGCUCUCCUCAGCCAAAAUUCAUGCUUCUGUACAGAAUUUACAGAGAUGGUUAUAAAGCGAGUGUGAUCGUCAAACUGUUGAACGUAGCCUAUCUCCACCACAAUGUUCCAUUAAAAAAAAAUGGUUUGACUCGGUGUGAAAGCCCUUUUGUCUUGAACACGUCUAACCUGUCAGAUUUGUGAUGGCCUUUCAACUACCAAUCAAGACGUGGCUUACUAUGCAAUGAACUUGAACCUGUGUAACCCCUGAGUUAACCCUCAGCUCAGCCAACACUGCUGCUCAGUAGAAGUACACUAUUUGCUUUGGUUCACCAACAGCAGUAGAGCGGUGAAGGAAGGUGUUCUCAGUGGCAUGGGAAAACUGAUGCAUGACACUCAUGACUCAACAGGUGAAACUGUGUAUGGCCAAAGCCCAUCAGGGACCGAUCAGAGAAAAGUGUUUUCCUUUAUGGUGAACCGAGUUGGACUGUCAACUUUUUCUUUUAACUUUCCGUGUCGCUCUGUAAAGUUUUUAUUUUGUGUUCAUGCUGGUUGUUUUAGUGUCUGUGUUAACUUUUUAGUUUAUUAGUAUUUCAGUGUGUGACUUCCUGAUCGGCGUAGAACAAAAACAUUGUAAAUAAAUGGUUCUAUCUCA